AUGCCUACUGUUCAUCUAUUAGACUAUGUCGCUGGCAACAUCAGAAGUCUGGUAAAUGCCAUUGAAAAGGCCGGAUACGAGGUCGAAUGGGUCCGCUCGCCAGAAGACGUUCCCAAGGCAGAGAAACUCAUUCUCCCUGGUGUCGGCCACUUUGGCCACUGUCUAUCACAGCUCUCCCAGGCUGGUUAUCUUGACCCCAUCAAGAAGCACAUUGCCGACGGGAAGCCAUUCUUUGGUGUCUGUGUCGGCUUGCAAGCUCUCUUCCAGGGUUCCGUUGAGGAUCCCGAUGUAACCGGUCUCGGAGUCGUCCCAGCGACCUUGGAUCGAUUUGAAGACUCAAGUAAAUCCGUCCCGCACAUCGGAUGGAACAAUGCCUUCACUGGUGGAAAGGCCAUGUACGACCUUCAACCUGACUCAAAAUAUUACUACGUUCACUCUUACAAGUGUCCCUACAAGCCGGGCGAGCUCGAGUCGCAAGGCUGGACUGUUGCAACUGGAACCUAUGGCACCGAAACCUUUGUCGGUGCCAUCGCCAAGGGAAACAUUUAUGCGACCCAAUUCCACCCAGAAAAGUCUGGUACUGCCGGUCUGCGGACCCUUCGUGCUUUCCUCACUGGUGAAGGUCAGAAAACCCUUGGCACAGUCAUUGAUGAGGCUGUCGCCAACGCCCCUGUCAAGUUUGAGGACAGUCUGACACGACGAGUCAUUGCCUGUCUCGAUGUACGAACAAACGAUCAGGGUGAUUUAGUUGUUACAAAGGGUGACCAGUACGAUGUCCGUGAGAAGGGUGACGAUCGCAACGUGCGUAAUCUUGGCAAGCCUGUUGAGAUGGCCAAGCGAUACUACGAAUCUGGCGCAGACGAGGUGACUUUCCUCAACAUCACGUCUUUCAGAGACUGUCCAGUUGCCGAUUUACCCAUGCUCGAGAUUCUCCGUCAGACAUCUCGCUCAGUCUUCGUGCCCCUGACUAUCGGUGGCGGCAUCCGUGAUACCAUGGAUACCGACGGCACAAAGGUGUCCGCUCUUGAGAUCGCUACUAUGUACUUCAAGUCUGGUGCUGAUAAGGUCUCGAUCGGCUCUGAUGCCGUCCUUGCUGCCGAGGAGUACUACUCUUUGGGUCGCAAACUCUUUGGCAACACCGCUAUUGAGCAAAUUUCUCGCGCCUAUGGUAACCAGGCCGUAGUCGUGAGCGUUGACCCCAAGCGCGUCUAUGUCCCCAAGCCCGAUGCCACCCGUCACAACAUCAUCAAGACACAAUUCCCCGGUCCCAAGGGCGAAGAGUACUGUUGGUAUGCCUGCACUAUCAAAGGUGGUCGUGAGACUCGUGAUAUGGAUGUUGUCGAGCUUGCACAGGCCGUUGAAGCGAUGGGAACUGGCGAGAUCCUUCUCAACUGCAUCGACAAAGACGGCACCAACAGCGGAUUCGACCACGAGCUCAUCAACCAGGUCAAGGGGGCUAUCAAGAUCCCUGUCAUUGCCUCAAGUGGUGCUGGUAACCCAGGCCACUUCGAAGAAGUGUUUGAAAAGACUACAACUGAUGCUGCUUUGGGCGCUGGUAUGUUCCACCGCGGGGAGUACACAGUUAAGCAGGUCAAGGACUACCUGCAAGAAAAGGGUCUUAAGGUGAGACAGUUCGAGGAAGAAUUUUAG